AUGGCCGAGGCCGCAUCAAAGCGAGCAGCAGCGCAGCUCCCGGACGACUUUCUCAACGAGACAAGGGGCGGCGCCCUGGUCGGCAUAUCCAUCAGCUUUGCCGUCAUCACCAGCGUGGUGGUGCCGCUCCGGUUCUAUGCCCGUACUCUACGGCCCGCAAGCUUCGGCCUCGAUGACUUCCUGAUCCUCGCCGCCUAUAUCUUCAACCUUGCCCUGUGUGCUCUGGGAAUAACCAUGGUUCAGAUCGGUGGCGUCGGGCAGCACGUCGAGGCGCUCGAGCUCCGCAACCCGAGCGCGCUCGUCGGGUGGGCCAAGGUGCUGCUGGCCUUUGAGUUUGUCUACUUCACGGCCGUGGCUCUGCCCAAGAUGUCCAUCCUGUGCCUAUACCUGCGCGUCUUCAAGUGGGCGCACGGGCCGAUGCGGACGGCGUCGCUGGCCCUGUUCGGGUUCGUCGCCGCCACGUGGCUGUCCAUGAUGGUGACCGUGUGCUUUCAGUGCCGGCCGAUCGCCUUCUGGUGGGACCGGUCAAUUCCCGGCGGCCGUUGCAUCGAUGUCCAGGCCUUCUACCACGCCCAGAGCAUCCCGGGGGUCGUGCUCGACUUGUUCAUCAUGGCCCUCCCGCUGCGCACCAUCUGGGGCCUAUCCAUGCCCACGGCCAAGAGGCUGGCUCUUGUCCUGGUCUUCUUAGUGGCUAGUCUUGGUGUCGUUGCGUCUGUUGUGCGCGCGACGAUAUUCUUCAGCAACUCGGCAUUUGAUGACAGGACAUGGGCGUCUGUGCUUCUCUGCGGCUGGUCCGUCGUCGAGUCGUCUUGCUACAUCACGGCCAACUGCUUGUCGUCAAUGCGGCCCCUGGUUUCUCACUUUGCGCCGCAAUGGCUGAAGGACGGCUUCCAGAAAGCCGUCGAGUCAGUCAGCCGGCAUACCUUGACUAUUUCGGCUUCAGCAGGCGGAUCGCGGCCGAGAAAGGCUGCCGCUCGCCCGGACGACGACACUCUCGAACUCACUCCUGCGUAUACACAGGAUGGGAAAGGGCGGGCCAAUUCCAGCGCCAAUGCGUCGUUGCACGACGACCCGUACCAAACGGCGGCGGUCUCAGCUACCACUGACAUGCAUGUCCGGCUUGAAGAUCACGGCAGCGCACCCCGGGAGUUUCACGAUGGCUAUCCUGGCCUGCCUUCUAGCCAGCUUCGCGUUACUGGCGGGAGGACCGAGGCCUGGGAUACCCAGGAUCACGGCCGAAUUCAAGUCAUAACAGAGGUCACUACCGAGGUGACAAAUGGGGCAAGCAGGAAAGAUGUCAGGAACCAUGUUUAA